GUGUGAAUGUGGGUUUCUAAAUUUGCAUAUUUUCCCCAUGAUAAAAAAAGACAGCACGUGAGUCUGUGAGAGGUUAUUUGCUACAGUGAGCAGGAGCCGCCUGUGUGAGCAGAUGGGAGUCGGAGGGUCAGGGUCAAGGUGGCCGAAGGACGCGUUUAACCAGACGUAAGACCUUCCUUGGGCAGGAGUGUCAAGGCCUGCCAAAGAGCAGCAGCUCCCGAACCUCCGAACCCAGAAGAUAACCAUAAAGUUUGCGCAGAAUGUCCCAGAAGCCGACCCUCCUGUUCCCUGGGUGGACCGGCCACGUUGGAUGAGGAGACGCCCCAAAGGAUCAGGUUUUCUGUAGAGAAUCACAGAGGUUGUGGUUGUUGAGCUUCUCCAGGCCCAGGGGCCCCAGGACUGGGUGGAACAGCCACACCUGCCGGCAGUUCUGAGGAAGAGGGCGGAAACAGCCAGCGCCCGCCCUCCCCUGGCUCUCCCCAGGCUUGCGAUAGGCUCUCCUGGGUCACUGUGUGCCACACGGCCUCACUUCCCGAAAUGGGCAACUGUAUUUUUUAGAGCCUGACAUCCUUCCCUAGUUGACCCAAGUGGCAUGCCCGGGGGCAGUGUGGGCCCUAGCCCUGGGUGACUGGAUGGAGCCAUGGCCUUCCACGUUCCUGCUGCUGCUGCUGCUUUUGUGGUUACAGAGCUGUGUCUCAGACCGUGCUCAGAAAGUCCUGUCUCCCCAGGUCCCUCCAACGAGAAUGUGUACAAGAAAGUGUGGCGGCGGGAAGGGGAGUCUCUGACUGUGCUGUGUUCCUACAAGAACCGCCGGAACCGCGCUGAGAGCAAGGCUUGGUGCAAGGUCAGGAAGAAGAAGUGCGAGCCCAGCUUCAUCCGGAGCUGGGUGAAGGGGCCCAGCUACUCGAUGCAGGAUGAUGCCAAGGCCAAGGUGGUCCACAUCACCAUGGAGGCCCUCAGAGUUCAGGACUCCGGACGAUAUUGGUGCAUGCGGAACACGGCUGGGAAUCUGUACCCCUUGGUGGGUUUUCAGCUGGAUGUGUAUCCAGCCCUCACAACUGAGAGAAACAUUCCUCGCACGCAUCUAACCAACACCCUCGAGAGUGGAUUUGUCACAACGGGCCAGGCCCCCAUUUCAGGCCCUCGUGCCCCCUUCACCCCUGACGUGACUGUGUUCACAUCUGGACUCCUCACCUUGGCCUCGGGGACCACCGAGUCAACCCCUGUGACAAGCCACAGUUUCACCAAUUCCAGUGUCACCAUCACAGAGCGCGGGAGGAGCACAAAGAACCAGCCAGUGGCCGUGUCUCCUAGCGAUGUGAGGCCCUUCUCUGCUGAUCCAGCGACCACCUCCACCGUGUCCAGACACCUGAGCAGCAGCUUGUCCACCACGGGGAUAUACCACCCGUCAACCCCCAAGAGGUCCCAGGAGACUUACCUCACUGCGACAGCGGUAGUGCUGACAUUCUUUCUGGCGCCUGUGGUGUUGGUUAUGGUCUAUAGUUUUUGGAAGAAGAGGCACAUGGGAAGCUACAGCUUGGGCAGCGACUCUGCUAAACCCUGGAUACAUCUUCCUGAAGGAUCAGAGACACUGUGGAAGCCUGCUUGGUCUAAGAUAACUCAGUGAUCUGGAGAGCUGAUGCCAAUGGACUCAGAGGCCUGAGAGGACCGAAGCCCAGACAAUGGCCCUGGGGCAGGAGCACAGUACAGCUGCCUUCCUUUCACCCAGGGCCACCAUGUCCUUCCUCAGCUUCUCUCUGUUCCCUGAAGACGUCUCCAUAUGUCUGGAGACAAGAGCCAGACUCAUGAGCCCUCAGGCAGCCGGUGUCUGUAGAGUCCUGUUCUGGAUGAGAAGGGACAGAGACGAAGACCUGGGAUCACAGACGAACUGGUACCAGGAGGUCCCAGAGCUGACCAGGGCCCUGUGUCUUCUGAUGUGUCCUGACUGUGGCUGCUGGUCCCCUCUGUCCUGGAAGCCUGAGGUUUACACAUCACUUGGUUCCUGCCUGCCAGCCUCUCUCGGGUCAGCGAGAGCCUACAGCUGCAAGACCAGCCUUUCCAAGAUGGCUGCAAAGGCUGGGCUCCCUGUCUCCAGUUGCUUCCCCCAUGCUACAGUGAUGAGCUCAUGGAGGAGACUGAGGGAACAGACUAAUCAUUGGCGUGUCUGAAGCCCCAUUGAGAGGGCCUUCCUCCAGACAGUGGGGUUGA